GCACAAUAACUGCUCGAGUCAUUUCCGUUUCUGCUGAAAAUAGAAGGGUCCAGAAAGCAACCGGAGCUCAAUCACACACCACCGACUGUCCGAAAAGAAAACGAACCCAUUGCCCUCUCCACCGUUUCUUCCUCUUCUCCGCCGGUUUCCCGGCGAUCACUUAUCGGAGACCGGUGAUCCAGAUCCUAUCUCUCUCCCUUCACAGCAAACCGUGAAGGUAACGGUUAAAAGCUUGCGAUCUCUCCGUUCCUGAUCUGGAUUCACCUUCUUCGAAUUCAAUUCGGUACGUGCCCAUUUUUUUCUUCCCCGAUCGAUCUUUUUCCGAAGUCGUUGUUUGCUUGAAUCUAGGUAGAUUCCGCCAUGAACUCGAAUUACGGGAAAGGCUCGUCUGGGUCGAUGAAUAACUUCAAUUUCGAUCUGGGUCUUGGAUCGAAUCGUUCUAAACCCUUGAACGAACAGAGGAAUCAGAACUCGUCCGGUUACUCUUCGUAUUCAUCUGCAACGGGGUCGCAACCGAGGCCUGCUUUUCAACCGGGGAAGCCUUCAUGGACUCACCAACCUGCUGCGGCGACGAGUCAGCCAGCUCGCGCCGGGUUGGAGGGUCCGAAUUCUAUGGUUGGAGAUAUAUUUGGCAAGACCUGGGGAUCCACGGGUCCAGCUUCUAAGAGUUCCGGGAUAGGGAUUGGUAUUGCAGAGAAGAACCCGAAUUUGUUUGGGGAUCUGGUGAGCUCUGCUUUGGGGCAGGGGAACAAGAGUGGGAGCAAUGCCCCUUUGAAGAAUGCGACUACGACACCAAGCAAGAGCUCUUAUUCCAUGGGGAAUAUGGCGGAUUCUUUGCCUAAGGUUAGUAGUAACUCGGCCCAAAGUGGUGCUGGUUGGGGAUCUAAUAGGAACGUCAGCAGUGCUGGUGCUGGUAACGUGGGUGUGAAUGGUAAUAAGAGUACGAAUACGAAUCUUGGUGGUUCUUCCAUGAAAGGGGUGGCGGCUGCAAGUGGAGGAAUGAUGGGGGGAAACAAGGAUCCAUUCGUCUCUCUAGUCGACUUCUCGUCGAAACCUUCUCAGUCUGGUAGUGGCCUUAACUCUGGUCCCAAAGGUAAUAAUAAACCUAAUUCUAGUGUCAAUGAUCCAUUCGGUGAUUUCCAAACUGCUUCAAAACCAAGCUCUACUUCAACUCCUUCUAGUGGGUUUGGUGCAAAAGAUCCAUUUGGGGGUUUCCAAAACGCCUCAAAACCAAGCUCAACUUCAGUUCCUUCUAGCGGGUUUGACUUUGGAAUGCCGAGUAACGACUUUGGCUCUCAGAAACAGGCACAGUCCUCAGUUCCACCUACAAGCAGUGAUCCACUUGGGAUGUUCUUCAGCUCUUCAUCAGGAAGUGCUGCACCAGCAUCCUCAGCAGGUGCAGGGCAGCAGUUUUCGGAACUUGAUGAUUGGGGGGUGGACUCAGGGUUUGAUGGUGCAGAUGGUCCCACCACUACCGAGCUCGAAGGGCUUCCUCCACCUCCUGCAGGGGUUUCAGCUUCUGCUGCAAAAAGCAAGGGUGUGGACCAUCAAAAGCAAGGGCAGUAUGCUGAUGCCAUUAAGUGGUUGUCAUGGGCUGUGGUGCUUCUUGAAAAAUCUAAGGAUAAAGCAUUAUCUGCGGACGUUCUGUCGACUAGAGCCUCAUGUUAUAAGGAAGUUGGAGAGUACAAGAAGGCAGUUGCCGACUGCACAAAGGUGCUUGAAGGAGAUGAAACCAAUGUAUCGGUGUUAGUCCAGCGAGCACUUCUAUAUGAGAGUAUGGAGAAGUACAGGCUGGGUGCGGAGGACCUGAGGGCUGUUCUUAAGAUCGAUCCAGCUAACCGGAUCGCAAGGAGUACAGUUCAUCGCCUGUCCAAAAUGGCAGACUAGAGAAAAAGUUCGCACUUUCUACACUGUAUUCUAGCUUUUCUUUUCAGAUUAUACACUUCUGCCCCCUCUCUAUGAAACUGUGGGGUAAAGGGAGCCCUUUUUUUUUCUUUUCUGCCGGAAUGUCUGUAUUACGAUUGUGGAGUUUGCAUGUAUUCCAUUUUUUCACUUUCAUUUCUGUUUGCUUGUGAGUGAAGAAUUCAUCUUCAUCCCGUACUCUUUUGUUCUUUCUUUCAUAGGAGAUUCAUACAAAUACAAUACUCAAACAAGGCUUUUUCUGUUUGUAAUAAUCACUAUUGUCUCCUACUUUCAUGAUUGCUAGUGUACCCGAUCCAUCAAAGAAUUUUGGUUCCUUGAGUAGUAUACUGCUGCAACUGAAUCAGUGAUCACCCUCUGUCAUUGAUCAAUUGGAAGUCUUUGAUUACACUCUGUUUUACUUUUGCUUGGGAGGAGAAACCUAUGUGAUUGUCGUCGGGUUGUCUUUGUGCCUCGAAUUACCUACUACAAUCAAAUCGACAAUCCUAUUAUCAUUGGUGAACUCGGGUAUCGUGUUCAUAGCUCGCCCAGUGAGCAAUUCGACGAUUGUGUGCCCCCUGUGAGCACUUUCUCAAUGAAGAGGCUAGGACCAUUUCCGCCAAGUUAGUCAUUGCUUUACUGAUAGCCGUGGAACCAAAGGAUGAUUUUUGCUGAUGAGGAGAAAGCUAUGAGAUUCCUUAUUUGUCAUGAUUGAACCGACGAUCAUGGUAGUGCGAUGUUCACCUUUGUGAAAGUAUCUCUCGUGUGUUAUCCUGCCUUCUCGCUUGUCAUAUAAAUACGAAGAGGAGAUAUCUAGGGCAUUAUCAUGGAUGCUUGAUAUUCAUCCAAUUUGAGCAACCCCAAUAAGUUCUCCAUAUCCACAUAUGGACACUAGUAUGUACUUCUUUGAUUUGAACUCGUUGUACAUUUAUUCUGCUGAAAACUACUGUCAAACAAUCAUUGCCCACCAACAGAGAGUACUAAAUCCUCCUACUGCAUACUUUCACCAAACCCAUUAACAAACUAAAAGCAGCAGCUGACUAAAUGCAACCGUCAUCAAUUCCUUCCUGCUGCGGGAAAAGAAAAUAUCUCGAUACAGAAUGAAGUAGAGAAAGUACACGAACUGCAGAAAAGUGAAGAGGCUGAAGAAGAGGACAAACUGAAUGAGAGAAGGAAGAUGGGUAAAGCUGCCAUACAGUGAAAUGACGGAAUCCAUGACUUUUAUCUUAUAUUUUUGUUUCAAUGCAAUGGAAGGAAAGGAAAUCGUGGGCGGUAUGCAAUUUGUCCAACACAAACCAAUCAAACGCCCUUCUUUAUAUGAAACCUCUAACAGCUUUAGCUGUUUCCUCGCAGCCUGCAGCAACUUGCUCCCUGCCAUCCCGUCUCUCUCUCUCUCUCUCUCUCUUCAUUUUUUCUAUCAUCUCUUCAAUCAAAAUGGUCGUUUGGAUGAUCGACUUAGAAGAUGAUUACUUUCUAAUUAGUCAUCGUAAAAUAACCAAAACUUUGAAGACAUUAAAGCAGUUCAUCAACUUUUCAGUGAAAUUCGCUGAGUUGGCUAUCGAUCUUGUAAGCAUGCAGAAUUCAUAUGUCCUCAUGUUUAGAAUGAGUUGGACUAAUCAUAACGUAGGAUGAAAAGAGGAUAUGUGUUAAUUUGGGCUUAAUUGCAAGUUUGGUCACUCGAAUUUAUUGGAGGCACUCGAGCCCACUCAGCCCUCGGCCCAGUCAUCGGCCCACACGGUUAGAAUGCCUCCAUGUGUAAAGGCAAAUUAUGUAUUCUGUGAAACCCUAGUAGCUAGAAGCAAAAGGUAUAAAUACUUGUGUAUGGC